AUGAUCCUGCUCAACCUUCGGUGGCGUUGCGUAAGACUCCCAGCUUCCACAGGCCCUAACUUCGGAGCCUUGCUGCAAGCGGCCAGUAGAUCGCUUCGCCACUUGCACGUGCAGCUUUAUCACAGGAAGUAUGGUUUCGGUGGGGAAGAGCUUCUGGAACAGCUGGGGCGAGUGGAAUCCUACCCAAACCUGGUCAGCUUGCUGCUUCGAACUCCGAGAGCAGCUGGCUGCAAGCCAGAGUGGCUUCGAGGCAUCAACUUUGCCAGUUUGCACGCCCUGGAACUGACAGGGGAUUCGGGUGCUCCUGACAUUGGCCCGCUCAUUGAGAAGAUUACCUGCUUCCCGAACCUCAGGGAACUCAUCACGAAUGGCGAAGCCGCUUCAGGGUGGGCGCCGUCAGUGGUCAUGCGGGCGCCGCGUCUUGAAGUCUUGGAGUUCUGCGGCUACUUCAUGAACUUUGAGUUUAUCGAGUGCCUACUCCUCAACCCUUCCCUGCGCCACGUAUUUCUUUCAGGCGCGUGGAACUCAGAUAAAGCAUACAAGCUCCCUUGUUUCAAGACAGAGCAUGGCCAAACCAGGAGGCUCAGCUCCUUCAGUCUUGGCGCAGGGUUGCAGCCCCAAGAUUCUGGAGAGUCUUUUAUGGACACAGUCGCCAGGCUCGUCUCCACUGACUUGCUGACAACUGUGAGGAAGUUGCAAUUGAACCUGGAGGACCCGUAUCACUUGCACUGGAAGAAGCUUCGCGUUGCGCCGGGUGUGAAGACGUUCCGCUUGUGGCUCUACUCGUGGCACUUCUGCGGGGACCCGGCCGACUUUCAGAAGGAGCACCUCGCAGGCUGCACCGUUCAUGUCGGUCCGCCUUCGCAGAUCUUGGAGUGGACCUACGGGGUUCCCUACGAGAGCGACGAAGCCAUGUGA